UGGAGAUUAAGGUAAACGCGCGCGUUUACUCGUCACAUUACAAACAUUGCUAUAGUUUGGCCUCAUUCGCGGGUCCGGUUAGAACUCCGCUUUCACUGCCAGGAGAGCAGAAAAGAUGGAGUCCAGCGAGGAGGGUGGCCUCAGUGUUGGAGGCUCUGUGGGAGAAGAGAACUACUUCCAGGGAUACACGUUCACUGACCGCUCUCAUUCAAGUCGGGUAGUAAAAAGCAUCAUGGACUUGUGUUUGGAAGAUGGCCUGUUUGCCGAUGUCACCAUUACCGUGGACAGCAAAGAGUUUCACCUGCACCGGCUUGUGCUCUCAGCGCAGAGCAGCUUCUUCCGAUCGAUGUUCACCUCCAACCUCAAAGAGUCUCACAAUCGCGCUAUUGAGCUGAAGGAUGUUAGUGCCACUGUGUUUCAGCUGCUGAUUGAUUACAUCUACCAUGGUACGAUCAAACUGAGGGUGGAGGAGCUGCAGGACACAUACGAGAUGGCAGACAUGUAUCAGCUGACCGCUCUGUUUGAAGAAUGCUCCCGCUUCCUUUCGCGCACAGUGGAGGUCAAGAACUGCCUGCAGGUGAUGUGGCUUGCAGACAGACACAGUGACCAGGAACUUUAUACAGCAGCCAAACAUUGUGCUAAAAUCCACUUGGCUCAGCUCCACCAGACUGAGGAGUAUCUCAACCUGCCUCUUUGUCUACUGUUGGACAUCAUUAAAGAUGGUGUUCCCAGCUCGCAGAAUCCAACUGUGGCUAUUGAGUCCUGGAUAAACCACAACAAGGUUGAGAGAGAAGAGUUCUUAUGCAUCCUCCAAGAAAACCUUAAGGAAAUUGGCGAGAACGUCCACAUUUACUUGAUUGGCAAAGAGGAGACAAGGACUCACUCCCUGGCCGUGUCCCUCCACUGUGACGAGGACGAUGCGAUCAGCGUCAGCGGGCAAAACAGUUUGUGUCACCAGAUCACUGCAGCCUGUAAGCAUGGAGGUGAUCUGUAUGUGGUUGGGGGGUCUAUUCCACGCCGCAUGUGGAAGUGCAACAUGCACACUAUGGACUGGGAGCGCUGUGCCCCACUGCCCAGGGACCGCCUCCACCACACCAUGGUGUCCGUGUCCACUGAGGACGUUAUCUACUCUUUGGGAGGCAAGACGUUGCAGGACACGCUCUCCAACGCCGUCAUCUACUACACAGUGAAGGACAACAUGUGGACAGAGACCAGCCAGCUGGACACUGCAGUGUCAGGAGCUGCCGGCGUUAACCUGGGUGGAACCAUCUACCUGCUCGGAGGGGAGGAGAACGACAUGGACUUUUUCACAAAGCCGUCCCGUCUCAUCCAGUGCUUCGACACGUCCACCCAAAAGUGCCAGAUCAAACCUUACAUGCUGCCGUUCGCGGGCUGCAUGCACGCCGCGGUCCACAUGGACGUGAUCUUCAUCGUAGCAGAGGGAGACUCUUUGGUGUGCUACAACCCCCUGCUGGAGAGCUUCACCCGCCUGCGUUUCCCCGAGGUGUGGAGCUGCGUCCCGUCCCUCUGGAAGGUCGCCAGCUGCAACGGCUGCAUUUACGUCUUCAGGGACAAAUGCAAGAAAGGCGACGCGAACACGUUGAAGUUUAACCCGGCCACAUCGGUUGUGUCUGUUAUCAGAGGCAUAAAAAUCCUUUUGACAAACUGGCAGUUUGUUUUGGCGUAACCUGUCCUCCGGAUGCUCACACACUCGCCACAGACAAUCAGGGAAGACUUGUGUCUCAUGUUAUGACUUCACUCCUCAGACAUCCUGCGAGGAGUCCGACCCUCUAAAUGUAUUUACUCAGCUGUUUCUCUCAUUCCAUUUAGUCUUGGCCACCAGCCAUGUAAUGACAGUUCAGCGACGUCUGCCACCUGCUUGUUCAACAGUGUGUCUCAUCGUGGAUCCCUUAGUCAAAAAGUUUGUGGUGAUGCUGUGAGCAGUGAUGAACUAAUUAGUCGUUUUCUGUGCAAUGCUUGUUUGACAUGCAUGAAACAGCUUCAGUGUAAAAGUCGUUCCGGGGUCUCUCUCAGUAUACUGUGAUCAAGUGUCGUAUGAUGUAGACUCUCCCCCUACGUCUGUGCGCAUUAACAUCGGGAUGUUUUCGAACUUUUCAGAUUUUUAGUUUUUUUUUGUGUUAAGAUGGUAUUUCUCAAUGUUACAAAUUUGGAAGAGAACUGUCAAGUAUAUAGCUGUCAAUACAAGCUGUCACUGUUUGUUUUGAUGUGGCCUGUAAGUCAUUACGUAUUAACUAUCCCCUGAAAUUAAUACUAUGUUUACUACCUGGAAUUAAGUAUUGUUCAUUUCUAUAAUUCUACAUGAUGCAUUCAUAAUACAACAAAGUUGAAUCUCUGCAGCUUCCCUCAGUGAUCCAGCUAUAAUGUCCAACAUCAGACCAAGCUUUCAGAAAUCACAGCAUCAUUGCAUUGUGUGUUCAUUGCGAGGCUGGCCAAUAAUUUCAGUAUAUCUGUCAACCACUGCGUCGUGUUCUGUGCAAAGGUUCUGCCAAAGAGAAGACUCAGGCGACCCACUGUCACUGGU